AUGCGUGCAUUUGAGCAGUUUCCAGGGCCACCUGGCAACUGGUUAUUUGGACACGUGAAACAGUUACGGCAAGAUGGAACAGAUUUUUCGAUAAUAACCAAAUGGGGAGAACAGUAUCCCUAUGCCUUUCCAUUGCAGUUUGGCCCUACAAGUAUUUAUUUAACUAUCCACCAUUCUUCAUAUUUGAAGACCGUUCUGGCAUCAGCAGAACCAAAGGAUAACAUUGCAUAUACCUUCCUCACCUCUUGGAUCGGAGAAGGUUUACUUGUUUCUGCGGGACAGAAGUGGUUUCGCCACAGAAGACUUCUCACUCCUGGCUUCCAUUAUGAUAUCUUGAAGCCUUAUGUAAAAUUAAUGGCAGAUUCAGCUAACAUUAUGUUGGACAAGUGGGAAACCUAUGCAAAAACAGAGCAGUCCUUUGAACUUUUUCAGCAAGUUAGCCUGAUGACACUGGACAGCAUAAUGAAGUGUGCUUUUAGCUACAACAGCAACUGUCAGACAGAGAGUGGAACCAACCCUUACAUAAAGGCAGUGUUUGAGCUGUGUUAUCUGGUGCAUCUCCGGUGGCGUUGGUUUCCAUAUCCCAGUGAGACUAUAUUUCAUCUUAGUCCACAUGGCUACAGAUACAGGAAAGCAUGCAAAAUUGCACACAGCCAUACAGAGGAGGUUAUAAGAAAGAGAAAAGAAGCUUUAAGUAAGGAGAAGGAACAAGACAUUCUUCUGAAGAGGAGAAAUUUGGACUUUUUGGAUAUUCUACUCUGUACUCAAGAUGAGCAGCAGCAGGGCUUGUCGGAUGAAGCGAUCCGAGCAGAGGUAGACACAUUUAUGUUUGAGGGACAUGACACUACAGCCAGUGGCAUCUCCUGGAUCCUGUAUAACAUGGCCUGUUACCCUGAGCACCAGCAGAAAUGCAGAGAAGAGAUCCAGGAGGCCCUGAAGGGAAAGGACAGUAUGGAGUGGGAGGACCUGAGUAAAAUACCAUACACUACAAUGUGCAUUAAGGAAUCCUUGCGUUUAUAUCUUCCUGUGCCCGGAUUGGCACGAAAGUUGACAAAACCCAUGACCUUUUUUGAUGGAAGAACAAUCCCUGAGGGUUCUCUUAUUGGCAUCAGUGUUUAUGGAGUCCACCGAAAUGCCACAGUUUGGGAGAACCCCAAUGUGUUUGAUCCACUACGAUUUCUGCCAGAGAACACAGCUAAGAGGCCACCCCAUGCCUUUGUGCCUUUCUCAGCUGGACCAAGGAACUGCAUCGGGCAGAACUUUGCUAUGAACGAGAUUAAAGUGGUGGUAGCAAUGACACUGAAGAAGUAUGUUCUCAUCAAGGACCCAGAGCAUACUCCAAAGAUGGUCCCUCAAAUAAUCCUCAGAUCUCUCAAUGGAAUAUACAUCAAGUUGGAGCCUCUGACACCCAAUAAUUUAUUACUGCUUUUAUUACUACAACUGCUGUGGAGAAAAGUAGACCAGCAGCAAGAAGAAUCCCCUUGCUACAAGCCUGCAGCCAAGGUCUGGGUGGCCACAAAGAACGACCAGCUCCAAGGAUCACCACCGAUGAACCUUGAAGGUGGUCCUGCUUACACAUUGUGUGCUCUGUUGGACUCGCAACAAAGAGUUGAGCAGCUGCAGUACCUUGUGGACUGGGAGGGGUACAGCCCAGAAAAAAAGUUGGCACAGAAAAAAGUGCCAACUUCCCAAAUCCUGGUUCCCGACCUCACAGCCACACCUACCCUGUUGCCGUUUAAUCAUUUACUGAUCAUCGCCAACACCUGUUUCUUCUUUUACUAG